AAGUGGAAUGAAGAAUUUUAUUUUAGAGUAAACCCGUCUAAUCACAGACUCCUGUCUGAAGUAUUUGAUGAAAACAGAUUGCCACGGGACGACUUCCUGGGACAGGUGGACAUACCUCUCAGUCAUCUCCCGACAGAAGAUCCGACCAUGGAGCGACCCUAUACGUUUAAGGAUUUUCUCCUUAGACCAAGAAGUCAUAAAUCUCGAGUUAAGGGAUUUUUACGAUUGAGAAUGGCCUAUCUGCCGAGAAACGGAGGUCAGGAUGAGGAAGACAGUGAGCAGAGGGAUGACAUGGAGCAUGGCUGGGAGGUGGUGGACUCCAAGGACUCGGCCUCUCAGCACCAGGAGGAGCUCCCUCCCCCGCCACUGCCCCCCGGCUGGGAAGAGCAGCUGGACAAUCUCGGUGGGACCUACUACGUCAACCACAACCACCGGACCCCUCAGCGGCACCGACAGCUGAUGGACGUGUCCUCCGAGUCGGACAGCCACAUCAGGCAGAUCAACCAGGAGGCCGCGCCCCGCUUCCGUUCCCGCAGGCACAUCAGCGAGGACCUGGAGCCGAGCCGGCGAGGGUGGAGAGGCCCAGAGCCUUGGGAGGCCAUUUCCGAAGAAGUGACCAUCACUGGAGACUCCCUCAGUCUGUCACGGCCCCCACCGCCGUCCUCUCCGGGGUCCCGGACCAGCCCUCAGGAGCUGUCUGAGGAACUGAGCAGAAGGCUUCAGAUCACUCCAGACUCCAAAGGGGAGCAGUUUGGUUCUUUGAUUCGGAGAGAGCCGUCCUCAAGGUUGCGGUCCUGCAGUGUCCUCGGCCACCUACCACCGCCAUCAGUGGCCUAUGCGCACACCACACCGGGCCUACCUUCAGGCUGGGAAGAAAGGAAAGAAGCUAAGGGACGCACAUACUGUGUCAGUCAUAACAAUCGAACCACAACUUGGACUCGACCCAUCGUGCAGCUCGCGGAAGACGGUGCGUCCGGAUCCGCCACAAACAGUAACAACCACCGAAUCGAGCCUCAGAUCCGCCGGCCCCGAAGCCUCAGCUCGCCCACCGCAACCUUAUCCGCCCCGCUGGAGGGCGCCAAGGACUCGCCCAUAUGCCGGGCUGUGAAAGAUCCCCUUUCCAACCCACAGUCCCCACAGCCAUCACCCUACAACUCCCCCAAACCACAACACAGAGUCACACAGAGCUUCCUGCCGCCGGGCUGGGAAAGGAGGAUCGCGCCCAACGGCCGGCCCUUCUUCAUUGACCACAACACAAAGACUGCAACGUGGGAAGAUCCACGCCUGAAAUUUCCAGUACACAUGCGGUCAAAGGCAUCUUUAAACCCCAAUGACCUCGGCCCUCUUCCUCCUGGUUCGGAAGAAAGAAUUCACUUGGAUGGCCGAACAUUUUAUAUCGACCACAAUAGCAAAAUGACUCAGUGGGAAGACCCAAGACUGCAGAAUCCAGCGAUUACGGGUCCCGGCUGUUGUUACUCCAGAGAAUUUAAGCAGAAAUAUGACUACUUUAGGAAGAAAUUAAAGAAACCUGCUGAUAUUCCAAAUAGGUUUGAAAUGAAACUUCACAGAAAUAACAUCUUCGAAGAGUCCUACCGGAGAAUUAUGUCCGUGAAAAGACCAGAUGUUCUGAAAGCUAGACUGUGGAUCGAAUUUGAACCGGAGAAAGGUCUUGACUAUGGGGGUGUGGCCCGAGAGUGGUUCUUCCUACUGUCCAAAGAGAUGUUCAACCCCUACUAUGGGCUUUUUGAGUACUCUGCCACGGACAACUACACGCUUCAGAUCAAUCCCAACUCUGGCCUCUUUAACGAAGACCAUUUGUCCUACUUCACUGUUAUCGGAAGAGUUGCUGGUCUGGCAGUAUUGCACGGGAAUCGUCUAGAUGGUUUCUUCAUUAGACCAUUUUACAAAAUGAUGUUGGGCAAGCAGAUAACGCUGAAUGACAUGGAGUCUGUGGAUAGUGAAUACUACAACUCUUUGAAAUGAAUCUUGGAAAAUGAUCCUACUGAACUGGACCUCAUGUUCUGUAUUGAUGAAGAAAACUUGGGACAGACCUACCAAGUGGAUCUGAAGCCCAAUGGGUCAGAAAUAAUGGUGACAAAUGAAAACAAGAGGGAAUAUAUUGACUUGGUCAUCCAGUGGAUUGUGAACGGGGUCCAGAAGCAGAUGAACGCCUUCCUGGAGGGGUUCACAGAACUGCUUCCUAUUGAUUUGAUUAAAAUUUUUGAUGAAAAUGAGCUGGAGCUGCUGAUGUGCGGCCUCGGCGACGUGGACGUCAACGACUGGAGACGACACUCUAUUUACAAGAACGGCUACUGCCCAAAUCACCCUGUCAUUCAGUGGUUCUGGAAGGCCGUGCUGCUCAUGGACGCCGAGAAGCGGAUGCGGUUACUGCAGUUCGUCACGGGGACGUCCCGAGUGCCUGUGGAAGGCUUCGCCGAACUUUAUGGUUCCAAUGGUCCUCAGCUGUUUACAGUAGAGCAAUGGGGGAGUCCUGAAAAACCGCCCAGAGCUCACACAUGCUUUAAUCGCCUUGACUUACCUCCAUAUGAAACCUUUGAAGAUUUACAGGAGAAGCUUCUCAUGGCUGUGGAAAACGCUCAAGGAUUUGAGGGGGUGGAUUAAGCGCCCCCCACUCGCUCCCCAGCCUCAGGGUGGCUGUUGGUCCAGCAAGUCCUGCUUGCACUUUUGCAUUUGCCUAACAACAGACUUUGCAGAGACCAGGCAGAAAGAGCAGCCACGGGCAUGGC